CGCGAGUAGAAACAGGCCACUGCCUCUUGGAUUAUUCAGUUGUGAAUUUCGAUUGAUGUUGUGUUCUCCAUAAUUUAGCAAUAUAAUUUUAAAAAUAUUUAAGAUUGGAUCAUCUCUACACUGGUAAGAAUUAAUGGCCAUUAUGUCAAAGAAAUAUUUAUUUUAAAAAGAUUUAUAAUAAGAAUUUAUUUACUGUUGUUUCCUUUUUAUUACCGCGCCGGCAAGUAAGCUGACGUAAGCCGAAGUAGUAAACAACAACAAAACGAGUUGGCCUUCCCCACAUAAUAAAAUUCUGCCAGGCUAGUCGAACUCUAUGUGGUACUACUAUAGAUUAAAGUUAUAAAGCGUAUGCCGAUAGUCUAUAGGUCUAAGAAUCUAAGAGAAGAAGAUGAUAAGAAUAUGAUAUAAAUUAUUUUAAGAAGUAAAGGAGCAUAGCCUCUACUGCCUCUAGCCUCUCACUCUAUAAAAUUUAUUUAAUUAAUAGCAGUAGUGCUAUAGUAAAAUAAUAAUAAUAUAAAUAUAAAGUUUUAUGACGAGGAAUAGGAAGAUGGCUUAAAAUAUUAUUAAAAUAAAUAUUAGUAAUAGUAACAGCCUACUAUUUAAAAAAACAAAACAACCUCUGCCUCUCUAGUCUCUAGUCUUGUCAUACUAUAGACUAUAGUCAUAGUCUAUUCUAUACUACUAUAGACACUAUAGUCAUAAAGUGAAUGUAAUUAUAUAAUAUUAUAUAAUUUAAUAUGAUCAUACUUUACCAUUUCAUAAAUUCAUAAUUCAUGCUCCUAGCUAGUGGGGCAGCACUAGGCACUAACUACUAAUACUCUAAAUUUCCCUUAUGAUAAUGAAAGCCUAUAACUAUAAUUUUUUGGUACAGAUAAUUUGUUAUUCUAUUAAUUCAUCCAACUAGUUUAAUUCUAAUUUGGCACCAAAUGUUACCACUAAAUUAUUAUUCACAGUAGGUAAACUGAGCUGUAAAAGAGUAAUGUAAUAUUCUCAUGCUAAGGAAUUGAAUCUUGUAACAAAAUUGAUCCAUGAAUAAUUUUGUAGUCUUUUUUUAAAGAAAUAAAUUCACAUUUGACACAAUGAAUCUAUCCUAAUCCUAGCUAGCAAUUAAAAAUUAAAAACUUAUGGAUUCAUUCUUGUGUCUCCUUUAUUAAAGUCUACUUCUCAUUCGUAAACUUGUAUUUAUAUUUUCCAUUAUUAUUUUUGAGUCCCUCAUUUUUGCAGGAUUUUAAUGAGUAGGUAACAUUUGCAUGAAAUGUGUCAGUGUUCCUAAACUAGUGUUACUUCUUGUAUAUCUUGCCUUUUAUGGGCUUAAAAUAACUUAUUUUGAAUGUAGCCAACACCACAUCAUAUUAAUAAAAAGAAAAUAUCUUAGAAUAUUUACUAAUUUAAGAUUAUCCAAAAUAAAUAGUUUUUAGACCUAAAAAGCUUAUUAAGCUUAUCAAGACAGAAUCUGGAAUAUCUUCUUAAAUAAAAUGUGGAGUCUGUUAUAGUUCUGCUGUAAAUAAAUAUUGACUUUUCCUGUACUUUUAUCUCAAUAUUUAAUUAUUUUUUUUAUUGACACUAGGGGACUAAGUAGUGUUGAUUUAAAGUGGUACAUUUUGAAAUAGUUAAUGAAGAUCCGUUCUAAAUUCAAAAUUUAUUAUAUGCAGAGACCAUGUCCUAUAGGCUAGUAUUAUUACACGCCAACAACAAAUAUCAAAAUGUGAAACAAGUCACGCCUACUAAGCUGACUCUUUUUGUAGGUGUGUUAGCAGAUAUUCUUAUUGCAUCUAUAUAAAUAAGAUGCACAAACCUGAGGUGUGCCAGCUCAAGUGAAAAUUCUUAUGCAUCCUUGUGUACAGUGGCCUACUUUUGUGUUAAGCUAUUUUAAUCAUAUUGGUGUCUUUUGCUGUUUUGGUUUUAGAAUGAUGUGUUUUAGUAAGUGGGAUAUAAAUUCAAGAAAGAUUUAGAAUACGUGAAGACAUUUAUGAACAUUUUUUAUAUUUAUUUUGUAUUUUUAAUUAGACACUAUUUGUGAUGGUUCUAGAUCUAUGACAAAAAACUUAUUACUUUUAUUUUUUGUUUGAGCUCAAAGUUUUCUGUCUUUUACUUUUAGGUUAAGUAUUUUGAGGCCUUUAUCAAGCUCUACCAAGAAUGUCUGCUAAGGCUAUUUAUGAAGCUAAGGGCAAAGAGCUACUGAACAAAUUUUUAGGAGAUGUGGCAAUGAAAAAUCGUUACGCUUUUAUUGAUGAGAAUGUUAACUGGAAUCAGAUUGUGCAAGAAAAUCCUUGGCUUUCAAAUGAGGUUAGUUUUGAGCAUGUAAUUUAUUAAGUGGAACAUAUUAAAACUGUAUGUGCUUUUAAAAAAAUCUUUAAUAAUUUAUUCUUGUUUAAUAAUAUGUAAUUUUAUUGUUUUCACAAUUUUUCAAAUGUCAAUUUGAUUGAAGUGUUAUAUUUGAAAAACACUCUCAUAACUAAACAACACAAAAGUACUUGUAAAGAUUGUGUUCCAAAGUUAAAUAAAAAUAUUUUGUAUAUCUAACUAGUUCAAAACAAGAGGUAUUUUUGUUUUGAUCCUCAGAAACUCGUUGUAAAGCCUGAUCAACUAAUAAAGCGUAGAGGUAAACUAGGUCUCAUUAAAGCAGGAGUAGACAUUGGAGGGGUUCAGGAAUGGCUACAAACCAAACUGGGGAAACAGUUUGAGGUAAGAGUAUACUUUGUGAAUAUGCAAAAUAAAAUUGUGUCAGUAGCUGAAAAUGGGCCUUACCAUGCUUUUCAUGCUCUUUAGAAAUAAAAAAAAAAGAAUGUACACAGAACAUACUUUAAUUAUCACAAGCUUGUUGGGGAAACUCACGUCGUCGUAACACUGAAAUAUUAUAUUGAGCUAAUGAUGAAUCUAUUUAUGUAUCCCUUUAAAUGUAAUGUUUUUUAAAAAUUCUUUUGCUGUAUCUUAUGUUACAACUGUAAAUGUACAUAGCAAUUACAAAUGAGAUUUUUUUAUCUCAGAUAUGUUUAUAUUUUAUUUCUACCAUGCUAAAAGUGAAAUUGAAGCAUCUUUUAAUGCAGUUUAGGGAAGAAACAAAGUAACAUCUAGAUCAAUUUAAAUUUAAGAAAUAACACACACACACACCCCCCCCCACCCCACCCUCUCCUAUCUCUCUCCAAACACGCACACACUGACUUUUCCUCCCAAUAUUCCAAUUUUACUUGAAUAUUAAAUUCAUUUGUUAUACCUCUUAAAAAGGUCUUAUAAUAAAACUCAUUAGAAAUUCAAUGUUGUAAAGUGACAUAGCUAAUAAUAUAAGAUCCAGUAAGCAGUCUCACUCAUGAUCAGAGCAAAAAAAAAAACAAAACAAAAUUCAAUGGCAGCUGUUGACCAAAUCUAUUAAACACAUUAAUAUUAGAGAAGGCCUUCAAAUGUUUUCUAUGCAUUUUAUUUUAUGUUUGGUUUCCUAACUAUUUUCUCAAAUUAAGUUGCUGCCAAAGGCUCUAAUGAAAGCAAAUUUUAAUAAAUAUUUGUUAACAUUGUCUGCUUCCCCAGGUAUCAUCAUUCUAUCUUAAAUACCUUAUCAACAUACUUGUAUAUAAAAUUUAUUCAAAUUAUUCUUGAAAUGAGAAUUGAUCACAUAUAAGGGUGUUAAGCAUUCAUUAAAUAUGCAUUCUGAAUUGACUAAUGUGUAUUAAAAUGCAAUUAAGUUUUACACCACGUUUUUCAACAUGCCAGUGUAAAUUUCUUCUCAGUGUUAAUUUCCUCUUUUUUUAAUUGACAAGUAUAAAAGAAAUAAACAAAUUAAAUUUGAUCUUUAUUCACUUAAUUAAAAAUAAACUAUAUUAAAAUUAACAUAGCUUUUAAACAAAGGUAUGCAUAUUAUGUAUAUAUAUAUAUGCAUAUUUUGUAUAUAUAUAUAUAUAUAUGCAUAUUAUGUAUAUAUAAAAAGAAACCGCAAUUAUAAUGAAAGAUUAUAUUUUUUAUAAGUGCUCUAAAAUUCUCUAGCAGGAUAUUUCAGAGAACAACCCCAAUUAUAGUAUUACAAGUUUUUUUUAAUAAAAGAGUCAUUCUUUUCUACAUAGUAAAUGCUUUUGAGAUAUUAAAGCCUAAUUUUUCUAUUUUAUCUUAGUUCACUCAUUUUAAUUUAAGAACAUAUUUAAGACUAAUGGCAUUAGUCCAGGGGCAUGGCAGGACAUCUUGGCCUCACCCUGUUUUGCUUUGGUAGGUGACACCUGGAAAUAGUAAAUCUUGAAAUUGCACUGUUCCUGGAAUGUAAUAAUUAUUCAAGACUAGCUGAACCUGCAUAUAGCACCACUUUGCUUAGGUACCAAGGGUUUGAGUUACAUCCACUGCUUAUAGAAAAGUGCUGGUAAGUCAACUUGAUUUUGGGGGGUGGUGGGGGGGUGGUGGUGUUAAUAAUAAAAAAAAAUCAAAGGUGCCGAAUGCUACCAAGCCACACCAAAGUGCAGGCAGGGGUCUCAGAUGGUUUUAUUUUGUUUGUCUUUGUAUUACUCCUUCCCAAAAGUGUUUCAAGUUUUGUUUGUCAUGUUCAGGUGCAGAUCACACAGCCAUCCAGUCACGUGUUCUAAAACUUUUUAGCUCAAGAACACAUUUUUCUGGCCACAAAAAUAAGAGUCUGUAUAUGUCUGAUUUAACUUUUCAAGUAGGGGAUUUGUAAUUGGUCUCUUCUUAACUCAAUGACCAAAGGCUCAUUUGAGUCCAUUAAAGUCAGUUACUCACAGAAUCUAUCAUUUGCUAUUGAUCAAAAGUAUGGCAUAGCCCAUGAUUUACCCUUUAAUCAUGCUAACCCCCCAAUCAGCCUCAGAAAUGCUCUUUUAUUUAAAAUUUUAAGCCACAAUGAACAACCAGUGCUCUUGUAAUUCUGUAUAGCUACUUUUGAUUGGACGUUCAUUUUUCUCAUUGCCUUAUACAUAUUUUUAUUUAUUGAUAUUUACUAAUGUAAAUUAGCAAGAAGAUUGGACAAUGACAUGCUGUAAUAAGGAGUCAUCAACACAGCAUAUAAAUAUAGAUAUUGAUACAUUUUCUAAUCUCUUUAUCUUUCAGAUCGGUGCUGCCAAAGGGAAACUUAAAACAUUUCUUAUUGAGCCAUUUAUAGCACAUGAACAGGUCAGUAAAUAUAAUACAGUGUAUAAUUACAUAUUCCUUUUGUAACUUAUUCUUUAAUUCAGUAAAACACUAUUUUUGUUAAUCCCUCCCUCCUUUUGAGCAUUUAAGUGAUAAAUCGAGGCUACACCACAGGGCAGAAAAACAGAACAUAAAAUAGGACCCUUUGGUGAGGCUGUAUCUAUUGAUUUUUCGCUUCCUCAUAUUGAUUCAGGGACAACAUGGGGAGAGGGGAGAGGGCCAGAAAAAGUGUUCUUCAACUGAGCAGUCACAUAAUGACAUGUAGCUGAACAAUGUCUAUGCUGUCUGUCUUUUCAAUUUGCAAGUUAUGUUAUUUUAUUAGGCUGGCCUUUUCCCAUCUAAACUACUCUUCAUUCACAUGUCUCAAUAUUUACUUUGAAGCAGUUGAAUGUUAUAAAAAACAGAUAUGUUGUAGAUUCUUUCUCAUGACAGCAAUUCCUUUGAAAUAUCACUAUUUCUAUAUUUGGAAUCUGAUGUAACAAUUAAAAUAUCUGAUCGAUGCUCUAACAUUGAAAUGAUUGAAAUAUUACUUAUUAACCUAGAUAAAAGAAAUGAAUUACCACCCAUGUCUUUACUUUUAAGUGGGCUCAUCUAAUCAAACUGUUUCAAUUUUUUGUGUGAUUAAUAUAAACUAAUCUGAAUUUAAAGUGGGCAUGCAUUUAUGUCAGGGGAGUGAAUAUAAUAAUAUCUAAUAAAGAAUCUGUAGGAAAGUACAAAUUAAAUAUGUUUAUUAACCUGUAAAUGUCAGGGUGGUGAAUUCUUUCAAAUCUGAAUGUAAUGAUUUAGAUUUGAUUUUGAUAAUAUAGAAAUUAAAAAUGAAACUAUAGAAUAUACCAUUUGAAUGUCCUUAUUUCCCUGAAAUAAGCUUAAAAGAAAAUUGUGUGAUUGAUUUUCUUCUUAAAUGUUAAAGUAAUAUACUUACAUGUUUUACACUGUACUUUGUUCCCAAGGAGCAUCAGUUUUCAUAAUUUUAUAAUAUAUAAAAAUCAAUUAUAUUAUUUUUAAUUGAAUGUAUUGAUGGAUUGUUUAAUACAUGAAAACAUUUUAAAAAAUCAUGUUUUUAAAAAAUUUUAUUUAAUGAUUAAAACCACAUAAAUUGUAUGUUUACAUAUUACAGAAAGAGGAGUUCUAUGUGUGUAUUCAUUCUCAUCGUUAUGCUGACACCAUUUUAUUUCACCAUGAAGGAGGUAUAGACAUUGGAGAUGUUGAUUCAAAGGUGAAUAUUAUACUUAUUCAAUUGCAUAUUAUCAAUGUAAAAAAAAAUAUUUUGUAUUUGCACAUAAGCUUUAUUUUUUAAAACAAUAAAUACAUUGAAUAAUGAAAUUUCAUUUUAGGCAUUGUCUCUUGAUGUCCCUGUUGGUGGGAUUUUAUCACCAGUUGAAGUUACUAAUAAACUGUUGCCUCAUGUUCCAGAUACAGCGAAACAGUAAGACUAAGACUUUAAUUUAGUUAGUUUUAAAUUAACACCAACAAACUAAUUAUUUACUUAAAUGUAAGAUACCUUUUUUGAGAUGAGUUAUGAUGAUUGAGAAAUUUGUGCUGAACACUUAUAUCUUAGAAUAAACCAAAGUAAAAGAGAAUUUCAUCUUUUGCUAAAAAAUAAAUAAAUUCUCUCUUCAUUUGGUUGAAUGUAUUAAAAUAAGAAAGUUUACUAUAAUCAGGAUGUUUGGUUCCUAUGGAACAAUGUUCAUUUUUCAUAGCUGAUUUAUUACCCUCUAUAAAAUACCAACUCCUGAUAAAAUGGGGCUGGCCACUGAAUUUUGAGCCUUGUCUACCUGUGACUAAUAAUAAUAUAAAGAAAUGUAACGUGUCAUGUUUGCCUUGCCCCUUUCUUGUUCUUUGGGUGCUAACUAGAUAAUUUCCCUGCAUCAGCUUCAUGAUGAAGUUCCUCUGAAUGUUCCUUGUUUCAUCCAUCUCCUUGAAGUCUGCCUCCAGGUCAUGUUAGCAUGGUCCUGGUGGAAAGGGUUGCUAUGGCCUGGUGUUUUUUAAUAGUCUAAUUUUGACAUUGGGUGAUCCAUCUUUUCUAGUGGCUUUAUUUUCUUUUGAUUCAAUUUGUGGGUGUUUCUGUGGCAAGGUUUUUUUAAAGGGAUAUGGCGCCAGCUCUUUGCUAACCCUUCUCCUGUCUCAUAGACUCUUGGUCCAGAAAAGGCUGAGUAAAUUCAUUAAAUUCAUGUACAAAAAGCAUGUUUAGUAGAAAAUAUAUUUUAAAAAAUAGCCGAAAUGUUAAAUAUAAUUUAAAAUUAUUAAUCUCCUGAGUAAUUCAUACUUUAUACUUUUUUUUGAGGUAAAUAACAUGCCCACUUUUUGAAAAACUUAAAACAGGCCUCUGACAGAUUUCAUUGUUACCCUUUAUAAAGUUUACCAAGAUCUGCAUUUCACUUACCUUGAGAUCAACCCAUUAGGUAAGUUGGUACUUAAUAAUGUGCAGUUACUGCCCUUAGCAAUCAACUGUUGCAAAUUUAAUUCAGAUAUUUAUUUAAUUAAAAAUAUUAUUAUUUUUUAAAGUUGUUAAAAAAGGUGGCUGGGGUGUGUUAGAUAUUGCGAGCAGAAAAAUUUUCAUUAUUGAUCACACUAUCAGGUCUGGUCCAAGUUUAAGUUUCCAUAUCAUUUAUUUUUCAGUGGUCAAAGGAACACAAAUCUUCAUUCUUGAUCUUGCUGCUAAAAUUGACCAAUGUGCUGAGUUUCUUUGCAAGGCAAAGUGGGGCAACAUUGAAUUCCCACCACCAUUUGGCAGGGAUGCUUUACCAGAGGUAAACCUGAAGGAAAACUGGCAAAAAUUUAACUUAUUGAAGUAUAAAAUGUUCAUCUUAAUUAUUUUAUACAUCAAAUAACAUGGUAUGUUUUAUUGUUCAAAGGCAUGUGAAUCCAAGCCAGUAAUUAAAUUAUGAUACUUCAUGGCUUAAUAUCUAUAAUUAUCUUAGGAAGCCUACAUUGCUGAUCUUGAUGCGAAGAGUGGUGCCAGUCUUAAACUUACAAUACUCAACAGAAAAGGUCGCAUAUGGACCAUGGUGGCUGGGGGUGGAGCUUCUGUUAUAUACGCGUGAGUUAAACUCGUACACACAACAUGAUUAAAAUACAUUUAAUUACUUAAAAUCUCAAAUUUAAAAUUGGUUAUUGAACCAUAUUUGUUGCACAAGGUGGAUGUCUGCGUCGCAAAAAAGAGGAUACCUGGUUAUAAUAGAUCUAUUGUUGUCCCCAAUUGUGAGUAAAUAGCUCGAUGGAAUGGACUAAUUAGUAAAAAAAAGAAAGCAGUAGUUGUUGAGGAGAUAAACCCUGAAUAAAAAUCCCCAAACAUCAAAGUUGGACAAUUGCAAAAUCAAAAAGUGGAAUGUUUAAAAAGAACACCAGUAUUGCUUGAUUUAAACAAAAAAUGAUUAUAUUGUUAGGUGUCUUUCAUUUGAUGUGUUGAAUAAUAAAAUAGUUCAUAAUUUUCCAUAUUUAUAGAGACACCAUUUGUGACCUAGGAGGAGCCUCUGAACUGGCAAACUAUGGAGAGUACUCAGGAGCACCAAGUGAACAACAAACCUAUGAGUAUGCAAAAACUGUUCUUGCCCUUAUGGUAGAAGAAUCUCACCCUGAAGGUAAUACUUUUUUCCACGGAUGUUAA